AUGAGUUCUUUUGAAGCAGUCCGGACAGUUUGCACUUUGCAUGAACUUGGACAGUGCUUGGCAGCUCUGAAGAAUAAAAAGAGAUUUGAAGAAUUGUGCCUUGGUCCCAUCUGCAAGCAGCCUCUUAUCCACAAGAUGUUUAAAGUUCCUGGUACAUUAAGGGACGAGGAUAUUGUUCAGAUUGACACAGUUGAUAUUCUAAAGAGUUUACGUUCACACAUGAGAAAAAUUGGACCAAGAAGCAAAGUUGAUCUUGCAGAGUUUAUGAAAUUCUUAGCUGACCAGUACAACUGUGAGUCACCAUACGAACUGGGCAUUAGAAUUCAGAGCAUUGCACUUUCAAUCUCAACAGUACGAAAAGCAGCAAAUAGUGAAUUUGUAGCACUAGAAAAAGCAAAAGAUCGAAUUCGGAUUGAGAUAGAAGAAGAAGUAGAAAAUCGAAUGUAUAAGAUCAAGAAAAAUUUAUUGGAUUGUGCUAGUGGGCCAAAUCUUUUUUCCAACCAUGGAAGCUAUGAGCUGCGCAGACAAUACUCUACACUGACUGCAACAGAAGCAGUGUUUCAGGUGUGCAGAAAUGCACAGGAUAUAUUUUCAGGGAAAUUGCAGAAGACUGUUCAGGAUUUCUUGGGAAAAGUGCAGACUGACCGUUUAGCAAGAUCGCUGUUUCAGCUAGCUAUCUGCUGUGGAUCAUUGGACGUUCCUAAUGAUUUGGUAGCAAAAGAAUGUGCCCCCAGUAAACCUAGCCCACCAGAUAAGGAAGCCGACAGUGGUAUUCAGCCACCUAGUGAUGGUGCAUUAAAGGAAUAUCUUCUGAAGCAGUUGCAGAGUUUGUCUGGAUUUUUGACACUAGCCUUUUUAUCCAGAUGUGAAAAGAAGAUUGUUGAGCAUUUCAAGUUUAAAGCAUUUGCCAACAUGGGUCUGGGUACUUUCCUGGAAUAUCUGGUGAAGCAUUCUCAGUGCUUGCAAGAAGUUGGUGGUGGGAGCUUCUUCCUGACUGCACAAGAUGCAAAAGUUUGUGGGUUCAGAGCCAGCCAGCAGGAUGUGUGCGACUUAAUACAUCAGUGUGGAGCAUUAGAUCAAUCCAAGUUUCAGGCAGUUGAGUCAGCUUUAAAGAGUCACUUUCAAGUUCGUGAUGUCAGAGAUCUGGGCUAUGGAUCACUGAGCAGCUUGGUCAGUCUGGUACAGAAACAGAACAAAUUGACUAAUGACCAUGUUAGCCAGAAAAACAUAGUGGUUUAUGAAGCCUCCAUUUUCGUCAAAGAUGCCAGCAGUGUGAAGAUGACUGCUGGACCCACCUAUGGUGACGCUAAGAACUCUGUGGGCUUGCUAGGUGAGCUGAGUAAGGAUCAGGCUCUAGCUUGUUUGCUGAAUGCCCCUUUGUUGAAGAACCUUGCUGAGUGGUCACAAUGGGAGUUUGUGUUUGAGCCUCUUUAUGGGCCUUUGAAAGAGUUCAUUGAAAAGAACUGCAGAAGAAAAGUGAUGGACAUUGGAUGUGAAAAUUUUGCUGUCGACUUGGUGGCACUUGAAGUAAGCCCUGGUGUCUUGCUUAGACUCACCACCAAAACCAGUCCAGAUCAUUUUGCUGAGGCUGCUAAAUCCUGUGAUCCUGCUGCCACGGCUGGACAUCUGGUUUCAAUUAUAGUUGGAGACGGGUUAACCAGUGCACCCUUGGCAUUGCUUGCCAAUCAUCUGGAAACUGCAUUGGCUACGCUGGAUAUUCCUGAAGUUUUCUCCACAGCUGAAACUGGAGCUACAAGUCGAUGCGCCAAGUUUAUUUUGGAUUGCCUGGUGAAAAUACCCACACGACUUUGUGUAGCUGUUAUGCAGCAGGUUUUUCUAGAGCCAUUUUCUCGGGUGGUUGGACAGGCUAUUUCCAGGGAACUACUAUUGCAAGCUUCUAAAUCUUGUGAUCGCUAUCGUAAUACUCUUCAUGUUUUGGGAAUUCAACUUGGAAUAACGGAGUGGGUCAAAGACUUUCACACAGAACUUGAGCCACCAAAGCAUCUUACUGUUAAAACAGAAACCAAGAAGCAUAAAGCUGCAGAUGAAACUUCAACAAAUGCAUCUUCCAUUUCCCUCAUAAGUGAGGAAGAGGAGGAAGAAUGUGAAGAGGAGUCUGAAGAUGAUGAAUAUGUGGUAACAUCUGAGAGCGAAUCUGAAGAUGAAGUUAUUGUAGUGAGCUCUGAUGAUGAAGAGGAGGAGGAACAGGUCAAGUUUGAGCUUGCAGCUGAAGUAAAAGAUUCAAGUCACCCUGUCAUCAAAAUGGAAAAGGUUGACGAGGAGCCUUCAGUUGAAAUAAAGCCAGAGGAAGUACAGGAGAAGAGCAUUGUUAAAUCAGAGACAGAGCUAGAACUCGGUGAUACUUGCACUGAACGAGAGUCCUUCUGUAGAGCAGUUGUGGAGAAAAUCAGAAAAGAAGAAUUUGGCGUCGGAGUUCACCUGAAUGAAGAGGGUCAGAAAUUAAUGGAUGUUCACCAGAGCCGUCUAGGAAGAAGCCUGGAACGCUUGUCCAAAGAGCUGUAUAGUAAAGAUACGCACUUUGUCUUGGAACUUAUACAGAAUGCUGAUGACAACUGCUACCCUGAAAAUGAAGAAAUGAAGCCUGCUCUAGUGUUUGUAGUUGAAAAAACUACUGUGUAUCUUUUGAACAAUGAAUGUGGAUUUGAAGAAGAGAAUAUCAAGGCAAUUUGUGACAUUGGAAGAAGCACUAAAGGGAGACAUGUAUAUGGUUAUAUAGGCCAGAAGGGUAUUGGGUUCAAAUCUGUUUUUAAAGUAUCUGACUGUCCAGCAAUCCAUUCCAAUGGUUUCCAUAUUUACUUUGACAAGAAUAGCGGCCCACUAGGUUAUAUCUUACCGCAUUGGCUUGAUGAUGAAAUUUUUGUGGACCUGAGUAGUACUGGACUUGACAAGGGCAGUUGGACAACAACAAUUAUUUUGCCACUGAAGUCAGAGAGCUAUCAGACAAGAAACUUGUUCCAUGAUGUCCACCCAUCUCUGUUGCUGUUUCUUCAUAGACUACGUUCUGUUACUGUUGUUGACAAAGUUGAAGGAAAAGUACUAUCUAUGGUAAGAAAAGAUUUGAAGAACAACAUUCUUGAAGUUCAGUAUGGCGAUAAAGCUGACCGGUGGUUUGUAGUGAAGAAAACUCUUCGUGCCACAAAUAUUAAAGAGAAUGUGGAAUCAACAGAGUUGGCCCUGGCUUUUAAAACCAAAUUAGAGGGACGUGGCCUGGGAUUUAAGGUCCAGCCAGAGAAACAGCCAGUGUUUGCAUUCUUACCCUUGAGAAGUUUUGGCUUUCGCUUCAUUGUUCAGGGGGAUUUUGACAUACCAUCCUCUCGAGAAGAUGUUGACCGUGAUAGCCCUUGGAAUCAGUGGCUCCGUUCUGAAAUUCCUCUACUCUUUCUUGAGGCAAUGGAGACUUUCACAGCUCACCCUGAUUUUAAAGGCCUGGAAGGAGUCUGUCAGUUCCUUAAUUUUGUCCCCCUUCCUGAUGAGAUUUUGGAUUUCUUCAAACCUGUCGCUGGACAGAUAAUUCAGCUCCUGAAAUCAAAGCCAAUUUUGCCUACUAAAAAGGAUAAAGAUGGCAGCAUUGAAUAUAGAUUGCCCUCUCAAACAGCUGUGCCAUUUGACCAUCUUGUAGAAGAAGUGAUAACCUCAGAAAUGCUCAGCAAGCACCUGAACUUGUCCUAUCUUCAUCCUUUGGUCCAUUCUUCGGUUCCAGCCACACUUCUUGCUGUUCUGGGUGUACACAGACUUAGCAGCUCAGAUGUUAUUGCUGUAACAAAAGCAGUAGCUAAAGAGUUAGAACAAUCAAGCUCAAAAUGCAAUGCAUUCUCCUUGAAGAAUAUUGCAAAACUACUUGUGUGCUGCUAUCGAAGUUUGGAACAAGAAUACAACAUGUCCGAUCAUAUUUUAGAAGAACUUAAAUUAGUUCCCAUAAUUCCACUUGUAGAUGGACGAAUAUUGUCAGUGAAGGACCAAGCAGUUUUCUUUCCACUUGAUGAGUCUCAAGGUGCCAAAAAAGGAGUUCAGGAGCUCUACAAAGAUCUCAGCAUUGUAAAUCCUUUUAUGCUGGAGUGCCUGGAUCCUUUACAAAAUUCCCAAGUCAGAGAUUUGUUGAAAAAAUUGGAUGUGCACCAGCUAGAGCCUGAGAAAGUUAUUUUUGAACACAUCCGACCAGUUUUACUCAAUGAAGUAUGGAAGGUGAAGACUCCUGACAUUGUGAAAAGCUAUGCCAUUUUCCUGAAGCUGCACUGCCGCCAAGAAGAGCUUCUAAAAUUCAAGUCAUACCUUCCUGUAUUCACUAACAAAGACUUUGUCAGCCCAUCUGUUAACAAAGUGCACUUCACUAAAGAUUACAAGAACAUUGAUUUGCCUAGUAAACUGCCAGGUGUGGACUGGGUGCUUCUGGAUUCUUGUUAUGUUAACUUUGACAAUGAUGUUGAUGGAUGGAGGCGUUUUUUCAGUGUCUUUGGAGUAGAAGACUGUUUAAUUUUGAGGAAGGAAAAACGAAAGUUCACCAAAAAAGAACUGCUGUUUUUGGAGAUGGAUGGUGCUUCCAGUACGAAGGGAGCUUCAGGGCUUAGUAGCAGCUGCGGUGAGGUUUCUAAGCUUGUGGGACAGCUGUCUCAGUUGAUAGGCAUGCUUACACCUCUCUGCCAAUCGUUUGUGUCUCAAGCACGUUCCAUUCCUUGCAACCAGGAAGCUGGAGGGCUUCGUAUACCUAGGAGAGCAUUAUCGGAAGACGGAAUAGGGCUCUUGCCCUCUACCAGCUCUGUUACUAGUUCAUCUCAGCAGCGAGGAGAAUGCAGUGGGUUUCCCAAGGUUUUUCUCAGCAGCAAUGCGAACAGACUUAACCAGCGAGGAGGAAGGAGCAGGCCCGUGCGGUCAGGAGCUUUGCCAAUAAGAGGUGACUUUCCAAAUUCAACAGAAGCUAACAUUGACAAUUUAGAGCUCUUUAAUUCCAACGUAAAAGUGCUAGAAAAUGACUUGUAUAAGUUGCAGCGGAUGAUAUGGCAACGCAAACAUCUGGAAGCGUGCCUGCAUUACAAGCUUAUUCCACGUGGGAUGCGUAUUCUCUGUAUGCCCACAUACGGAGAUACGCACCCAACAUUACUCAAAAAAUGGCAAGAUAUAAAUAUUGAGGCUAGCCACAAGUACAUGCGGCUCCUAAUUGAUUAUUUUGAUCCACUUGAAAAGGAGCUACUAUCUAAAGUUAAUGACACUAACACUGAACUACGUGACAAUUUUCCUGAUCCUUUUUGUUUGCGGAAAUUAGAGAGCAUGUACUGUCAAGUCAAUACAUAUGCUAUGAAGCUUCAGCAAACUAAACUUAGGAAGCUUCAACGCGAUUUCAGAGACUUUUCAACGGGCGGCGUCUUUGUUUGGCCCAGGAGGUCUGAGAAUUACCAUAUAAGAGAAAACCCUGUUUCAAGUUUAGUGCCGUUGGAUCACACACUUACAGCAUCAAUUCCUAUUGGUCCAACGACAUCAGAACCUAUACCUGUUUCUCGUAAGGACGCAUUGCUUGAAUCAUUUACUACGCCACCUGAAACAUUUGCUUCUAUUGCUAGUACUGCCCUUAUCUCCACUCCGCUUCCAAAUCAAGAAGCAAACAAAGUUGCUAAAUCCUUGCAGCACAAUAUGGGAGCUAUUAUCGUGGUUUUGGAUUUGAAUUUGGAUUUAUUUCAGCGUAUUGACUUGUGUAUGAACUCUCUUUAUUAA